AUGUUCGUUGAACAGCAAUCAUCUCGUUCACAACCAGCAUUGGCUUUUAGUAAUACGAUACCAACUCGUAUUGAAAAUGAAGUGUACAUUGAUGGCACGUCAUAUGUUGAUGGAGCACCUGUUAAUCAAGAAGAACAUGGAAGAUAUAAUGUAACAGAACGUCAACGUAAAAAAAGUCCAUUCAAACAAUUUUUACGAUUUAUUCGAAAACUUUGGGCAACACAACAAACAGAAAAAUUUAAUGAUGAAGAACAUAAUGAGAAAUAUGUACGAACAACCAUUCGUGAACUUAUGAUUUAUAUGGUUUUUAUUGGUAUUUUAACUAUUGUUGUUUUUGGUAUGGUUAGUACUAAUAUGUAUACACUCACACAAGCAUUAAAAGGUGUAUUUGUUGAUUCACGUAUGAUUGAUGAAUCAACUAAUAAUACAGGUCCAUCAUUUUCUGAUAUAAGUCGAAUGGAAGAGUUUUGGGAUUAUAUGACACAAAUUGCUGCACCUGCUCUUUUUACAGAAACUUGGUACAAUAAUGAUAAAGUUAGCAAUUAUGGUUAUAUUUUAUAUGAAAAUCGAUUAUUAGGUGCUGUUCGAAUGCGUCAAAAAAAGGUUCGAAAUAAUUCAUGUGUUGUUGCCAAAGAUUUUCAACAAGAAAUUAAAUUUUGUUAUAAUUCAUAUGCACCAGCAUUUGAAGAUAAGAAUUCAUUUGGACCUUGUAUAAAUUUAGAUGCAGAAAAUUGUACUGAAGAACCAUUUAGACAUACACCAAUAAAUUCAAUAAUUCGUUCCAGUACAACAGGAAAAGUGGGUGUAUAUGAUCAAGGUGGUUUUAUUAAAAUAUUAGGCUCAUCACAAGAAGAAUUUAAAAAUGAAAUUGAAGCACUUAAAGAAAAUCUUUGGAUUACACUUGGUACUCGAGCAAUUUUGGUCGAUUUUACAGUCUAUAAUGCUAAUCUUAAUUUAUUUUGUCAAGUACAACUUAUGUUUGAAUUUCCAGCUGUUGGUGGUGUUGUAGCAUCAUCAAAAUUUCGUGCUGUUAAACUUAUUCGUUAUGUAAAUGCAUUCGAUUAUUUUGUAUUAUCUUGUGAAGUUAUUUUCCUAUUCUUUAUUAUAUAUUAUACAAUUGAAGAAGUAUUAGAGGUUAUCAAUAUGAAAUCAGCAUAUUUUAAAUCAGUUAUGAAUUGUUUGGAUAUGAUUGUCAUUAUUUUAUCUUAUAUUUGUAUGUCAUUUAAUAUUUAUCGACAAGUACAAGUUAAUAAUUUACUUGAUCAAUUAUUAGAAAAACAAACGAGACAAUAUAGUGAUUUUACAUUUCUUUGCUAUUGGCAAUAUCAAUUUAAUAAUGUAAUUAGUGCGACAAUAUUUCUUGCUUGGAUUAAAAUCUUUAAAUAUAUUAGUUUUAAUAAAACAAUGACUCAAUUAAGUGAAACAUUAACCAAAUGUGCAAAGGAUAUUUCGGGUUUUGCAAUUAUGUUUUUUAUUAUAUUUUUUGCUUUUGCACAAUUGGGAUAUUUAACUUUUGGCAUUCAAAUAGAAGGCUUUCGAGCAUUUCACUAUUCAGUUUACACAUUAUUUUUGGUUAUCUUGGGAACUUUUGAUUUUCCUGCACUUCAACAAGCUCAUCGUGUACUUGGACCAUUGUUCUUUUUAACAUAUGUCUUUUUUGUCUUCUUCGUAUUAUUAAAUAUGUUUUUGGCUAUAAUUAAUGAUACAUAUAUGGAAGUUAAAGCUGAAUUACAACAUAAAAAGAGUGGUUUUGAAAUAAGUGAUUUUGUUAAACAAAGUUAUGCUAAAAUGCGUGAACGUUUAACUGCUAAACAUGAUCGUAUUGCUGAUAUUCGAAAAGCUUUAACAGUAGCUGAUAUUAAUCGUGAUAAACGUUUGGAUUUUGAAGAAUGGCGUAAUGAAAUGAAAUCACGUGGUUAUGCUGAAGAAGAAAUUGAAACAAUGUUUGCAAAAUAUGAUACAGAUGGUGAUCGAGUUUUAGAUGAAGAUGAACAACAGGCAUUAACUAAUGAUUUAUUAAAACAAAAUGAUGCAAUUCUUCGAGAAAUGAAUGAAUUAAAUAUGACUACUCAGAACAAUAAGGUGAUGAUAAAUGCUUUUGAUAAUGAUCCUAAAGACAAUGAUACAACUUCGGAACGUUUGGAAACACAAGAAGUUACCGUUCAAGAAUAUAAUGAUUUAGCUAAACGACUUGAUUCAAUGGAAUCAUCUGUUGGACUUGUUUUAACUAAGAUCGAUAAUAUGAUUUCAAGAUUUGAGAUAUAUGAAAAACCCAAAUCAAAUAAAGAUGGAAAUAAGAAAAAUCGUCCAUCGGAUUUGAAAAGUAUAACUAUGAAUUCGAUUGUUGAUGAUUCAUUAAGCGAUUCAACACAUUCAAUGAUUAAUAUUGAGUUUUGA